CUUGCCCAGAGCCAGCAGCAGCAGUAGCAGCUGCCUACCCCAGAGUGUCCUCAGCUGUGAGCAGUCUUGUCUGCCUGUCCCUUGUCAGUUCUGAUCGCAAGAUGAUCUACCAGGUGGUGGUGCACGGUGUCAUGGGCAGGGACAUAGUGGUGGAUGUGGCCUAUUCUGAAGGGGAAUUCCAGAAAACGACAGUGAGUGAGUUGAUGAAGUUGGUGGCCUCUACUGUGCUCAAGUCAGAUACCACAGAUUUCAAACUGAUGUUCGCCACGUUCCAGCUAGACCCAGCAAAGACACUUUCGGACUAUCAGAUCAAGAACAAGUCCACCCUCACCAUGGUGAUGCAGCUUCCCGGUGGAAACUGAGGUCAUGACACACCCUGGGAACACAUUGGCCAUCCCAGGGAAGGGACUCCUGACUGUGAAACCCCCUCAGUCCUCCUGACUGUGAAACCCCCUCAGUCCUCCUGGGUAGGCUCCAUCCUGUGCAGACAGGAGUGGAACAAUAAAUGAUUCUGAAUCAUAA